AUGUGGGUGCGGAAAAAGGACCCACAGUGCCGCCCAGCGUACCCCAAUUCGUUGCGGGACCACACGCCAUCGCCGCGGGACUGCUCAACCCGCCGAGGGCCGUCUUUCUGCCCGGUACCGUACCCUCGACUACGAGAGGCUCCGCGGAUUCCACUGGUCUCUGACACCACCGCAGCACUAAUGGACACCCCAGAACCGGCCGUUACCGUACCCGUGCCAGAAGAAGCCGUUGAAGUGUUCAACACCAGGCACUACGGCAACUACAACGACGUCUCCGAGCAGUCCGCCAACAACGACGUCGACCUCGAGCAGCACCGUAUCGGAUCGUACGGCCGCCUCAAUGGCGCCAACGUCUUCGAG